AUGAAUACUAUUAUCAGUAAUAACAAGCCAGUUAAAGCAUUAGAAAAACUUACCGUUAUUCAAGAAGCAAAGCAAAUUGGUGUUUUGGCUGCUUUACAUUACUUUGCUUCAUUUUACCCAGCUGCUGAAGAAGAGCUUAUUAAAUGGUUUAAUGAACUUCAUAGAAUGGGAAUUGCAGUAAUAGCAGGUUCAGUUAAAAUACAAAUGCUCACGAUUUUAUCAACAACCUGUGCAGAUAAAUAUCUGGGUGCUUCUCAACAAUUCUGUGUACCCAAAUCUUGGUUUUAUCAGUUUUUAAAGCAACAUCAACUUUCUUUUCGCCAUUCAUUUGAAGGGCAUCUUACCGAUAUGGUAAAACAUAAAUAUGCUGUUAAUAAUAUCCAUAAAGCUAUUAUUCCCGGGGGCUUAACAUUAAUCAUACAACCUUUGGAUUUAACUAAGAAAGGAAAUUUAAAAAGACCAUCCUAUAGUUUAAUUUGUCAAUGGAUUUUAAAAGCGUGGGAUGAUAUUUCUGCAGAAAUGAUUAUUAAAUCAUUUAAAAAGUGUGGUAUUUCUAAUGAAUUAGAUGAGACAGAAGAUGAUUUAUUAUACGAUUCAGAUAAAGAGAAUAGUGAAAUUGAUAAUAAUGAAGAUUUGACCGAGAUAGUUGAAGAAGAUAGUUUGUUUGCUAAUGAAUUAGAAGAAUAA